AUGUUCACCGAUACUGCCACUGAGCAUCCUUACGCUCCUGAGCUGUCGCAGACUAAGACUACCAUUGAUUCUCCAACGAGCAUGAAUGCGACUCGAGCAAAAGGUCGCAGAGCAGAUUCACCACUGGAAAGCGAAUUGCCUCUACAACAGAACGUAGCGCUUUUGCAGGCAGCUCGCGAGCGGCUCGUCCUGACGCAGGCUUACCCAGUCCCUUCUCCAAUCAAGGAUGACGAACUAGUCGUAGAGAUCAGAGCAAUUGGACUCAACCCAGUGGACUGGAAAUCAAUGUACGCUUCUGCUGCUUCAAUCGGAGUGGCAUAUGUGGCUGCGGCACUCGCUCUGGGCGUCAGUCUUGGACUGAAGCUAUCUGGUAUACCUGGUCAGGACGAUGUCGACCUUUGGGAAGCAGUCCGUCAAUUGCCUUCCGGGGCAGUUCCUGUCGAUGUUGUGGAGGAGUGUUUGUCCGGGAUCGAAAGCGCAGAACGUCCUCAGCCUGGUGACUGGAUUGCCAUAUACGGUGGCGCAUCCACGAGCGCACUAUUCAUCUCAGAGAUCGCCAGAUUAGCAGGACUCAGAGUCAUACUCCUUGCCGAUGGCGUGAAGCACGGUGGACGACUUAUAGACCGAGAGGGAAGCGUUCUCGUUGACAGCCACGAUCAUAUAAGAGCGAUAGAGAUCGUUCGAUCGAUCACAAAAGGAAAACUCAGAUUUGCGGUUGAUACUGUCGGCAAAGAGACAGCAGGAUACUUGGUACAGAUGUUGCAAGCAGACGCGCAAGGAGGCAAGAGAGCUCAUCUCGUGGGGCUGGCUGGCAUACCAAAGGAGACGACUGGUGAAGUGGUGUUCCAUUCAGUACCGAUCAAGCUUUUUCAUGAGGUGCCGUGUAUUGGUCUCGCCUUGAUGAACUGGUUGGAAAGAGCUUUGGAGACUGAAGCAGUUGCACUUCCAGAGGUUGAGCACAUGGAAGGAGGAUUGAGCGUUCUCAACCCUGCAUUGGACAGAAUGCGGCGCGGCGAGAUUUCAGGUCGCCGUUUGGUGGUCUCUUUGUAA